AUGACACUUCAAUGGACUAUCGUUGCAUUCGUUUUGUAUGUCGAAAUUGGAAUUUGUUUCAUUUUGCUUCUGCCAUGGAUUCGUCCGUCAUUCUGGAGCAAAAUCUUUCACAGUCGGUUGUAUAACGCAAUAACGAGACAUGGACAAAUCUACGGGACCGCUUUUGGGCUCGUUCUUUUCAUCCUUUUCGCUGAUGGAGUACGUGAGACGAUGAAAUAUAACAACCUCGAAGAAAAGGCGAUUCGCGUUACUGCCGAGUCCGAUGCCACACACCACAUGAGACUCUUCCGGGCUCAACGCAACUUGUACAUCUCUGGAUUUUCGCUUCUUCUUUUUCUAAUCAUCAGAAGAAUCAUUUCAUUGUUGACUCGCGGAGCUCAGCUCGAAGCUGCUGGAGAGGCUGCUAUGCGGCAAGCUGAAAAUGCUUCAAAGACUGCUAGAACUUUGAUGAACGCGCAAGACGGAGAGGAGGUUGCCGAACUCAAGAGACAAGUGAAAGAAUUGGGAGAAGAGCUUAAAUCGGCUCAGAUUGACCGCGAUACCAUCAAGAAGCAGGCUGAGGGUUUGCAAAAUGAGUUUAAUCGUGUCUCGGAUCUUCUUGCCAAGGCGGUAUGUGUGCAGUUCCAUUUUUAG